AUGUCUAAUACGGAGCAUGAGAGCGAUAGGGAAUUAAGUGAUGAUAGUAAUACAAAAAAUUCCCUUUAUAAAAAAAUAGCAAAUUUGUCUAAGAAAGCACAAGAAUUGUCAAUUUUGUGUGAUAUACCACUUGGGCUAAUUAUUUUUUGUCCGGGAGAAGUUAUUUUAUGGCCAACUGAAACUCAAGUUAAGGAAAGAUUUGAGAAGUAUUUAAGUUUUCCUGAGUUCCUAAGGAUGCCUAAUCUAGUUACACAUGAAUCCAAUCUUGACAAAAUGAUGAAGGCCCAAGAAGAAAACAUUACAAAAAUGGAACAAAAUAAUAAGGAGAAAAAAACAGAGUUAUUGUUUAAUGAAGUUGUUGAGGGAAAGAGCUUUUAUGAACUCGAUGUUGAAGAACUUAAAGGUCUGAUAAAUCUAGUUGCUCUUAAAAAGACUAAAGUUGACGAGCGAAAGAAACAACUACAUGAACAAGAUGAGCCAAUAAAAGGUGACAACAAUAUUGGAGAGAAGAAGGAUGAGCAUCUCAAAAAUUAA